CGUCCAGGACGGUGACCGAGCGAGCCUGAGAAUGGGACGGCGCCCGCAGCUCUGGCUCUUCAAGGCCCUUCUCCUCCUGGGGCUGAACCCCACCUCUGCCUUCCUCCAGGACCAGCACUGCGAGAGCCUGUCCCCGGCCACCAACAUCUCUGGACUGCAAUGCAAUGCAUCCGUGGACGUCAUUGGUACCUGCUGGCCCCAGAGUCCCGCAGGGCAGCUGGUGGUUCGACCCUGCCCCGCCUAUUUCUACGGUAUCCGCUACACCACCACAAACAACGGCUACCGGGAGUGCCUGGCCAAUGGCAGCUGGGCCGCCCGCAUAAACUACUCCGAGUGCCAGGAGAUCCUCAGUGAGGAGACGAAGAACAGGGUACACUACCACAUUGCUGUCAUCAUCAACUACCUGGGCCACUGCGUCUCCCUGGUGACCCUCCUGGUGGCCUUUGUCCUUUUUCUGCGGCUCAGGAGCAUCCGGUGCCUCAGAAACAUCAUCCACUGGAACCUUAUCUCAGCCUUCAUCCUGCGCAAUGCCACGUGGUUUGUGGUCCAGCUCACCAUGAGCCCUGAAGUCCACCAGAGCAACGUGGGCUGGUGCAGGUUGGUGACAGCUGCCUACAACUACUUCCAUGUGACCAACUUCUUCUGGAUGUUUGGGGAGGGCUGCUACCUGCACACCGCCAUUGUGCUCACAUAUUCCACUGACCGGCUACGCAAGUGGAUGUUCAUCUGCAUUGGCUGGGGUGUGCCUUUCCCCAUCAUCGUGGCCUGGGCCAUUGGGAAGCUGUACUACGAUAAUGAGAAAUGCUGGUUUGGCAAAACGCCUGGGGUUUACACCGACUACAUCUACCAGGGCCCUAUGAUCUUGGUCCUGCUGAUCAAUUUUAUCUUCCUUUUCAACAUCGUCCGCAUCCUCAUGACCAAACUUCGGGCGUCCACCACGUCUGAGACCAUUCAGUACAGGAAGGCUGUGAAGGCCACUCUGGUGCUGCUUCCCCUCCUGGGCAUCACGUACAUGCUGUUCUUCGUGAACCCUGGGGAGGACGAGGUCUCCCAGGUUGUGUUCAUCUACUUCAACUCCUUCCUGGAGUCCUUCCAGGGUUUCUUUGUGUCUGUGUUCUACUGUUUCCUCAACAGCGAGGUCCGCUCCGCUAUCCGGAAGAGAUGGCACCGAUGGCAGGACAACCACUCCAUCCGCGCCCGGGUAGCCCGCGCCAUGUCCAUCCCCACCUCCCCAACCCGAGUCAGCUUUCAUAGCAUCAAGCAGUCCACAGGGGUCUGAACUAGGAGGCCAUGAGCAGCCCCUGAGAUCCAUGGUGGGAAAGAUGGUUGCCAGACUCAGCUGGCUGCGUGUCUGUGGAGGGGACCGGCUCCUUCCCAUACCCUGUACCUUCAGGAGCACUGGCACUGAGGCCUGGAAGACCCCUCCCUGAUCCCCAGCUGAGCAGGAGUUCUGGCCUGAGAGCAGCCACAUUCUGGCCAUGGAUGAUUGAAAAAUAACCUAUAAGACUGGGCUGGGCCCAGCGCCUCUGACUCCCCCUUGCCCCAGUCCCCCCUGGCGAAUGGAAUAGGAAUGGGAAGCUGGGAAAUCCAAAGUAGCAUGUGGGUCCCUCCAAGAAGGUCCCCCCCAGAGUACAAGGUGGCUAGGGCACUGGAGACCUGGGGCUUCCUCCACAACUGUGGGGGCCAUUCGCAACAUGGGAAACUCUUGUGACAGCAUCCCAACCACUGUGAUGCCUCCAGGUCUUAGCAAUGCCUUCCACCAAUGCUUGGAACCAAGGUCAUGUUGUCAGAGCUCUGGAGACAUUAGAUAUCAGUGGCAUCAUCAAACAUCAGGCUACGUUACCAGAAAUCUUCCCAAGUCCCCAGAACUUCAUCUAGCUCUGUGGCACUGCCACCAGAAAUGCCCUGCCUUGCUGCGUUGCACCCUUGGACUUUGACUACUCUGCCAGCCACACG